UGGUUUGGAUUCUCCACUCUACUACUACUCUGGAGGUGGGCCAUAUGAAAUAAUUCCUAAUAAGCUAGUGGGUCUGGCACAUGAGGUUGGCGCAGUUAUCAUCCAUCUUCUCUUCUUCCUCUCUACUCUACAUCACACGCACCACAUUUUCUGUUCUCUCAAAUCUGAAUGGCUACCUCCAAAUUAAAACCCAAAACCCUACUUUCUCCUUCUAAGCUCUUUCUUCUCUCGCUGUGUCUCGCGUGCACCGCCAUUGCCGACGAUGGCGAGUUCAUGUCCAAGCUCGCCAAGGCGCUGAGCCCGACGCCUUCUGGUUGGUCUGGGAGCAGCUUCUGCGCCUGGAAUGGCGUCAAGUGCAGCGCCAACCGAGUGACCUCAAUCAACAUCGCUUCGCAGUCCCUCGGCGGAAUGCUUCCUCCGGAUCUCAACUCACUCUCCCAACUCACCUCGCUCUCUCUCCAGAACAACGCGCUCUCCGGCGCGUUUCCUUCACUCGCCAACCUCUCCAUGCUCGAAAGCGUUUUCCUUAGCAGCAACAACUUCACCUCCAUCCCCGUUGGUUGCUUCCAGGGACUCCCCAGUUUGCAAACCCUCAGCAUGACCGAUAGCAUCAACCUCGCUCCAUGGACGAUUCCCGCCGAGUUGACUGAUAGCAUCAACCUCGUCAAACUCGAACUCGGAAACGCAAACCUCAUCGGUACCUUGCCUGAUGUAUUCGACAAGUUUGUGAGUUUGGUGGAGCUUCGUCUCUCUUACAACAACCUCACCGGUGUCUUACCCAAAUCCUUCGCUGGAUCUGCGAUUCAGAAUAUGUGGCUCAACAAUCAGAACGGCUUCGGGUUUUCGGGUACCAUUGAGGUGCUUGCUUCCAUGACCCACUUGUCUCAAGUCUGGCUUCAGAAGAACCAGUUCACGGGUCCCAUUCCGGAUUUGUCAAAUUGCACCACUUUGUUUGAUCUGCAGCUGAGAGACAACCAGUUAACCGGUGUGGUUCCACCUUCUCUCAUGUCCCUUUCUGGCUUGCAGAACGUUACUUUAGCCAACAAUGCGCUUCAGGGUCCCGUUCCUUCGUUUGGGAAAGGUGUGAAGUUCACUCUCGAUGGGAUCAAUAGUUUUUGUUUGAAAGAUGUUGGACCCUGCGAUUCUCGCGUCACCACUUUGCUUGAUAUUGCUGCGGGUUUCGGGUAUCCCUUUCAGUUGGCGCGUUCCUGGACUGGGAACGAUCCUUGUGAUGAUUGGAGUUUUGUUGUGUGUGCAGGGGGGAAGAUUAUUACGGUGAAUUUGGCAAAGCAGAAUUUGACUGGAACCAUUUCACCUGCGUUUGCUAAUUUAACUGAUUUGAGGAACUUGUUUCUCAAUGAUAACAAUUUGGGUGGUUCAAUACCGGGGAGUUUGACAAAUUUGGCUCAGCUUGAGGUUCUGAAUGUGUCUAAUAACAAGCUAUCUGGCGAUGUUCCCAAGUUCUCAAGCAAGGUGAAAUUCACGACUGCAGGUAAUGAUUUACUUGGGCGUUCUGAUGGUGGUGGUGGCAGUGGAACUACUCCGUCCAAGGGUUCCGGUGAUGCACCGAGUGGAAGUCCGAGUGCAGGGACAAGUGGAUCUUCACUUUCACCUGCUUGGAUCGCAGGUAUUGUUGUUAUUGCUGUGUUUUUUGUUGCAGUCGUGGUGUUUGUGUUUUGCAAGUGUCAUGCUAAAAACCGGCAUGGGAAGUUUGGAAGGGUUAAUAAUCCGGAAAAUGGGAAAGGAGAGGUUAAGAUUGAUAUGAUGAGCGUUACCAAUUCCAAUGGAUAUGGUGGUGUUCCGAGUGAGUUGCAGAGCCAGGGCAGUGAGCGUAGUGACCUUCAUGUUUUUGAGGGUGGGAAUGCUACUAUUUCAAUCCAGGUUCUUCGACAAGUAACUGAUAAUUUCAGUGAGAAGAACAUUUUGGGUAGGGGAGGAUUUGGGGUUGUUUAUAAAGGGGAAUUGCAUGAUGGAACACAAAUUGCCGUGAAGAGAAUGGAAUCUGUUGCAACGGGGAGUAAGGGAUUGAAUGAGUUCCAAGCAGAGAUUGCAGUUCUAAGUAAAGUCAGGCACAGGCAUUUGGUGGCUCUUUUAGGGUAUUGCAUUAACGGCAACGAAAGACUUUUGGUGUACGAGUAUAUGCCUCAAGGGACAUUAACGCAACACCUGUUUGAUUGGGGUGAAAAUGGUUGUGCUCCUUUGACUUGGAAACAAAGGGUAGCAAUAGCUUUGGAUGUAGCUCGGGGAGUGGAAUACUUGCACAGCUUGGCUCAGCAAAGCUUCAUUCACAGGGACUUAAAGCCCUCAAACAUAUUGCUGGGUGAUGACAUGAGAGCCAAGGUUGCAGAUUUUGGCUUGGUUAAAAAUGCGCCAGAUGGGAAAUAUUCUGUUGAGACACGCUUGGCUGGAACAUUUGGAUAUCUAGCACCGGAAUAUGCAGCUACCGGAAGAGUGACGACCAAAGUAGACGUGUACGCAUUUGGAGUAGUUUUGAUGGAACUGAUUACUGGUAGAAGGGCAUUGGAUGAUACUGUGCCUGAUGAAAGAUCUCACUUGGUUUCCUGGUUCCGUAGGGUACUAAUUAACAAGGAGAACAUCCCAAAGGCAAUUGAUCAAACUCUCGAUCCCGAUGAGGAAACCAUGGAGAGCAUAUAUAAAGUGGCUGAGCUAGCUGGCCAUUGCACUGCUCGUGAACCAUACCAAAGGCCUGAUAUGGGGCAUGCAGUGAAUGUCCUGGGUCCUCUGGUAGAGCAAUGGAAGCCCACCACCCAUGAAGAAGAAGAAGGUUAUGGCAUUGACCUUCACAUGAGCCUUCCUCAAGCUCUGCGAAGAUGGCAAGCCAAUGAAGGCACUUCCACAAUGUUUGACAUGUCCAUCUCACAAACUCAAUCAAGCAUUCCUGCAAAACCUUCAGGAUUUACAGACUCCUUUGAUUCAAUGGAUUGCCGCUGACAAAAAAUGAUAAACAGGACAACAUCCUAUUUCUUCUCAGUUGGAAGGACCCAGAUGAGAACGUUGUUAAGUAAAGCUGUUCUGAUCUGGCAACAUCACCUAAUUGUGUCACAAUUUAUUUAUUUUUUUAAAUGAUGAUUUUUUUAUGUUCUUGCAAUCUCUAUUUGUACAAGUCUGAUGUCCUUUAUUGAGGUUUUCCAAAGCUAACGGAUUGGUGAGAAAGCACAUGCGGUGGGCUCCAUCGUUACACAUGCCAUGAUUUGACACAAUCUAGAUUCUACUCACAUGCCAUGCCAGCCAACCCCAAGCUUUCGGUGGUGGAAGCUCCAUAAGUUAUGACUUCUGCGCAAAAAUGUUGAGCAUAUACAUAAGUUAACUUAAUAGCUAUACAUCUUAAUUUACUAUUUUAUACACAAUUUGUUACAUUUCAUGUAUAAAAUCUUUAUGCAAUUAUUUUUUCUUUGGGUUUCUUAAUUGA